GGAAAAUCCAGACCAGAACUUCCAAGCUCGCAGACAAGAACACACGCAAUCUCUUACACCCGCAAACACAAAAAGCAAAAACCAAAAAAAAAUACAGGAUGGCCAAAAAGGAGGAGCCUCUCAUGGACGGACCCAAGCGGAUGAACCGCGAGCUGGCCCUGAUGCUGGAGGAUAAGCAGAACCUGCAGUUCCGCAACCUCCUGGUGGAGCCGAACAACAUCUACAAGUGGACGGGACUCCUGAUGCCGGUGGCACCGCCCUAUGACAAGGGAGCCUACAAAAUGGAGAUCGACUUCCCGCUGGACUAUCCAUUCAAGCCGCCGCGCAUCCACAUCAACACAAAGAUGUACCACCUGAAUGUGAAUGAGCGUGGUCAGGUGUGUGUGCCCAUUCUGGAGACCGAGCACUGGAUCCCAACCACGCGGAUUGACCAGGUGCUGCAGGUGCUGCUGGCCACCAUCAAUGAUCCCCAGCCGGAGAAUGCCUGGCGCAUCGAAAUGGCCGGCGAGUAUCGAAAUGAUCCGGUGCGAUUCUUCAAAAUGGCCAAUGCCUGGGUGGAGAAGUACAGUGAACCCCGGCCCACCGAAGAGGAGCUCGCCAAGUUUGCCCGCAAGCGAAAGAAAGCGAUGACGAAGAGAUAGAGGUUGUACUGUAUUAUAUGUCAAUUUUGACCUAAGAGAGCUUUGCCUAAAGUCCUAAAAUAAAACAAAUUAUCACUUAAAACCA